AAGAAUGAGCGAGUGGUCAAAGUUAAAGUUGCCCCAAGUUGUGUGUCUUGUUUAAGAAGAAGCUAAGGUUUACGAAAUUGUGGUGGUGGCUAAACAGUGGGAGCACGCAAUCUUUGCAUAAAUACAGAGAAGAGAUAAGAGAAGACAAGAGUUUCAAAAUGGGGAAGGCAAAAGAAGCGGCGGUGGUGGCGGGAGCCCUAGCAUUCGCGUGGCUCGCUAUAGAGCUCGCUCUCAAACCCUUCCUUGCCAAGGCACGUGCUUCGAUUGACAACUCCGACCCGCCACGUGACCCCGACGACGAUGCUCUUCCUAAAACCACCACUGACGACGUUCCCGACGCCGCCGAUUCUAAACCCGCCGGCGACGUGCCUCCCGCUGCUGAUACUAUAACCACCGACGCCGUCUGAAGUGGUCUCUCAUUCAUGUUAUUUUGAAUUUCGUCAUAUCUCAAAACUACUGUCCAAAUGAAAUAAUAUUGUUAGCCUGUUGUGCUUCUGUUAAAUUUGUAUAUUGUGUUGUCGGUAAAUGCUCUGUUUGGUUUGAUUUGGUUUUAGGAUUGAAAAAAAUAUCAGGUUGUUCUAUUCUGCUU